UGUUCACAUCAAGCAGUUCUACCAGAGCAGUCCUUCAAGGAACAAGUUUCACAAGUGGAAUAUCGUGUGUAAAUUGAAAAUAAUUCAGAAAAUGGCAUUCAAAAACGGAUUAGCUAUCGCAUUUUUGGGAUUAUUGUUGAUUAUGGCAUUCGCGGUCGAAUCUCAAGCAACCUAUCGUAAACCUCCAUUCAAUGGAAGCAUUUUCGGCAAAAGGAACAGUGUUGAUUACGACCCUAAUGGAAAGGCCAUUUCUGCAAUGUGUGAAAUCGCUCUAGAAGCAUGUCAAUCCUGGCUCCCGCAAGAUAAGAAGUAAACAACUAACGGUGCAAAAGAAUCAUUUUCCUGUGUUAUCUGUGGCAACUAUUAACAUAAUCAAUAUAACGGCUUACGAUUGAUGAAUGUAAAAACUAUUAAUGUUAAUACGAGGCAAAUGUUGUGAAUAAAAAUUUGUACUGCAU